GCAGUGGCUUUGGCCUGUACCGCUAUUCUUCAUCGCAUUUUUCAUGCCCGAGUCUCCUUGGUGGCAGGUGCGCCAGGGGCAGUAUGACAGCGCGGAGAAAACCGUACAGCGACUUAUGGCCAAAUCAGAGCAACAGAAUGCGUGCCAGGUUGUUGCUAUGAUGAUCCACACCAAUGACCUGGAAGCCGAGAUUCAGACAGGAAGCUCUUAUCUGGAUUGCUUCCGGGGAAGCAAUCUCCGACGCACAGAGAUUGCUUGCAUGACAUUCGCCGGACAAGUCCUGGCCGGAAGUCAAUUCGCCUUCUCGGGAACGUAUUUCUUUCAGCAAGCAGGGAUGAGCUCGGAUGACGCCUAUAAGCUUAAUUUGGGAGGAACUGCCAUAGCGUUUGUUGGCACGGUUAUCUCCUGGUUCAUCAUGAAGGCUCUUGGCCGUCGGUGUAUGUACCUGGGUGGGCUAGCGUUCAUGUCUGUGUAUCUCUUCGUCAUCGGAGUCCUGACGCUGUUCAAGCACAAUAAUAGCAUCGAAUGGACCCAGUCUAUGCUAUGUAUUGUCUGGCUCUUCACCUUCUCGCUCACUGUCGGGCCGCUCGGGUGGGCAAUCGCCCCAGAGGUCUCAUCGACUCGCUUACGUUCAAAGACUAUUGUGCUGGCUCGCAACACUUACUAUAUUGCAAUUGUCGUGGCUAACGUAAUUGAACCCUACAUGAUGAAUCCGACCGCUUGGAACUGGAGAGGCAAGACUGGCUUUUUCUGGUUUGGCUUUGCAUUUGCCACUCUUGUUUGGGGAUAUUCCCGACUUCCUGAGACCAAGGGCCGUACAUUUGAAGAGCUUGAUAUCAUGUUUGCUACCCAGGUGCCGACAAGGAAGUUCAAGGAAUAUCAUGUUAACGCCUAUGCGGAGAAUCUGGAUAUACACGCGAGGGGUUGAUAGAGAAGUAAGAGCACGUCAUUUCAAGACACUCUAUAUAACAUGAUUCCUGGAAGAAAGCAACUCACACUGAGAGUUGCAACCUCAGACAUCAGCUACUGACGCACCACACUUACAUAUAACAAUGAUAAAUCUUACUAUGCAUAAACACAUGAUUGUACCCCAUCCCUGUAGUUUGCUUUCUGCCAAAACUACCCUGCAUUCGGCGGGCGGCCUUGGAGGCAAACCAAUAUUUCCCGAGCCCUAAUCGAAUGAUGUUUGAUCAUAUUAUAGUUAUGAGGCCACAAAGUAGUGGGUAAGCAGGAGAUUUCACUACUACUUGACUGAUUACUGGUAAAUGCAUCUUGACAAUACUUGAUGCAAGAGCCAGACACGCAUGAUAAAGAUAUUAGCGUAUUAUACUUGUUCACACGGGCCUGGGAGUGGCAUGUUGUUCUC